GAUUCGGCUGGCCAUCUUGCCAUACAAUCCCUUCAACAAGCCAUUUAUCAAAUCCAACCACCAGACCCAAGUCGCUCGCCCUGAUAUCGUGACCUGUCGCACAACCUCAAUCGAGACCUCUGAUUAUUCAUAAACAUCAACAGCCCACAAGAGCCCCGAGAAACACAUUUACAGCCAAAAUGCCGUCCACACACAAGAAGGAGAAGCCGUGGGAUACAGACGACAUCGACAAGUGGAAGGUCGACCCUUUCACCAAGGACGAAUCCUCCGGCCCCUUCCUCGAGGAGUCUUCGUUUAUGACCCUAUUCCCCAAGUACCGCGAGCGUUAUCUACGAGACUCGUGGCCACUCAUCACCAAGGCCCUCGACAAGCACGGCAUCACCGCAGUUCUCGAUUUGGUGGAGGGUUCCAUGACAGUGAAGACGACAAGAAAGACAUAUGACCCCGCAGCUAUUCUUAACGCCCGCGAUCUCAUCAAGUUGCUCGCCCGUUCAGUACCAGCCCCACAAGCGAUCAAAAUUCUCGAAGAUGGCAUGGCCUGCGACAUCAUCAAGAUCCGCAGCAUGGUACGGAACAAGGAGCGUUUUGUUAAGAGGCGCCAAAGAAUUCUCGGACAGAACGGCACAACGCUCAAGGCUCUCGAGCUUCUCACACAAACAUAUAUCCUCGUGCACGGAAACACAGUGUCGGUAAUGGGUCCUUUCAAGGGUCUGAAGGAGGUGAGGAGGGUUGUUGAGGACACCAUGAACAACGUUCACCCAAUUUACAUGAUUAAGGAGUUGAUGAUCAAACGCGAACUCGCAAAGGACCCCGCUCUUGCCCACGAAGACUGGUCUCGUUACCUCCCCAACUUCAAGAAGCGCACGCUUUCCAAGCGCCGCGUCCCCCACGUCGUCAACGACAAGACCAAGAAGAACUAUACACCCUUCCCCCCUGCGCCCGAGAAGAGCAAGGUGGAUCUCCAGAUCGAGUCCGGCGAAUACUUUCUCGGCAAGGAGGCCAAGCAGCGGGUGGCGGAGCAGGAGCGCGCAGAGAAGGCCAAGCAGAAGAAGGAGGAGAAGAAGCGCGAGCGCGAGAAGGAGUAUGUGCCGCCCGAGGAGUUGACGGACAAGAAGGCCAAGAAGAGGAAGACGAGCGACUAAGCUGGUACAAGUGGUGCAAUCCAAAAUAUGGGGGCGGUGGAGGUGGAAAUGGAGUUGAGGAAGACGAUGAUGAAGAGAAAGAGAAAGGAUCCUGGAAUCCCAUGAUACCCAUACUUCAGCAGACGAUUGAGAUUUCUCCUGCUUCGGGAUCCAAGGGUGAUCUGGUUGCUAAAUUUCACCAAAAGCCUUUGUCAAAUGUGUUAUCAAAAACAAUGACUUGUCCAGAAAAGAUGUCGGUUCUUGAAUCUGUCGACAUUUCGAAACCCAAGGCCGAAACAAAACCCGAUGACGAUCGCGAAUAAAGCCCGAUGUGGCAGACCCGCACCACAACCGGGCUGCUCCACCCCGGCGGAUCGCAAACCAGGGGCAUCACAAGGCGGGCCGAGGCAGUUGCAUCAUUGGAGCGGGAUCCGGCAACGAAUGCGGGGGAGAGUGGGGGCGGCCAUUGGUCGGUGGCAGGGUUGGUGGGAGAGGCUCAAUGACAGAGUGACAACACCCCUUUCCCCG